UUCAAAUUAUAAAAAAAAAAAAAAAAAAAAAAAUUAAACUUGGAAGAAACUAUUUGGUUUUGUUGAAUUGAAUUGAAUCAAAAAGUGAUCAAUCAAAGAUAAAUCGUGAGAAAAGAGAGAGGAGCAUCAUGUCUAUGUCGGAUUCUGAUUCCUCCUCCUCUUACGGUGGCGCCGAUUACCAAAAUUUCAAGCAAAUUACACGCGACCGAUUAUUACACGAAAUGCUAAGGUCAACAAAAACAGGGGAUUCCAAAUCAACUUGGAAGGUACUAAUAAUGGACAAACUUACUAUAAAGAUAAUGUCUAACUCAUGCAAGAUGGCUGAUAUCACCGACGAAGGUGUUUCAUUGGUUGAAGACAUAUACAAACGAAGGCAACCGUUACCAACAAUGGAUGCUAUAUAUUUCAUACAACCAACCAAAGAGAACAUAAUUAUGUUUUUAUCAGACAUGGCUGGAAGGGCUCCUUUAUACAGGAAGUAUGUAACGACCAUUGUAUCUUAUGUGUGUCAUUCAUCUUCAACUUAUUUAUUUUCAAGUUUUUUUUUCUCUUUUUGUAGGGCAUUUGUUUUCCUUAGCUCACCUAUUUCCAGAGAAUUAGUUUUGGACAUUAAAAAAGAUCCGAGGGUGUUGUCUCGAUUAGGUGCAUUGAGAGAGAUGAAUUUGGAGUAUUUUGCCAUAGAUUGCCAGGGUUUCAUCACAAAUAAUGAGAGAGCAUUAGAGGAUCUAUUUGGGAAUGAAGAGAAUAAUCGUAAAGGUGUUGCAUGUUUGAAUGCAAUGGCAACGCGAAUUGCCACAGUUUUUGCUUCAUUAAGAGAAUUUCCUUCUAUCCGCUUUCGUGCUGCCAAGUCCCUAGACGCAACCACAAUGACUACAUUCCGUGAUCUUGUUCCUACAAAGCUUGCUGCUGGAGUCUGGGACUGUCUUACAAAAUAUAAAAAAACCAUACCUAAUUUUCCUCAGACUGAGACCUGCGAGUUGCUCAUUAUUGACAGAUCUAUUGAUCAGAUUGCUCCUGUAAUACAUGAGUGGACAUACGAUGCCAUGUGUCAUGAUUUGCUGAAUAUGGAGGGAAAUAAAUACGUUCACGAAGUUCCUGCCAAGGCCGGAGGUCUACCUGAGAGAAAAGAAGUUCUUUUGGAGGAUCAUGAUCCUGUAUGGCUCGAGCUUCGCCAUGCUCAUAUUGCUGAUGCUAGUGAACGGCUGCAUGCGAAGAUGACUAGCUUCAUUUCAAAGAACAAAGCUGCACAACUUGGUUCAAGAAGUAGCAGUGAAAUGUCAACAAGGGACUUACAGAAGAUGGUUCAAGCACUUCCACAAUACAGCGAACAAAUUGACAAACUCUCCCUCCAUGUAGAGCUUGCAGGAAAAAUUAACAGUAUCAUUAGGGAGUCAGGACUGCGAGAACUGGGCCAGGUGGAGCAAGAUCUUGUUUUUGGAGAUGCAACAAUGAAAGAUGUGAUCAAAUUUUUGACUAUGAAAGAAGACACAACCCGUGAAAAUAAACUGCGCUUGUUAAUGAUUCUUGCAGCUGUUUAUCCUGAGAAAUUUGACGGAGAAAAGGGUCUGAAUUUGAUGAAGGUAGCACGGUUAACAGAUGAAGAUAUGACUAUUGUGAAUAACUUGAGAAUGCUUGGGGGACAACCUGAUACCAAAAAACGUUUGACUGGCGCUUUCGGUCUUAAGUUUGAUAUCCAGAAGGUAAAGGUAAUUUCUAGUAAAAAGAAGCGUGCUGCAAGGAUAGAACGUCCUGGGGAAGAAGAAAAAUGGCAACUAUCACGCUUUUAUCCCAUAAUAGAGGAACUCAUUGAAAAACUCACGAGAAAUCAACUGUCUAAGGAGGAUUAUCCAUGUUUGAAUGAUCCAAGUGCAACUUUCCACAGCUCACCUUUUGCUGGCACUUUACAUCAAAAUCCUCAUUCAAUGAGAUCAAGACGUACACCAAGUUGGGCAAAACCACGAGGCUCUGAUGAUGGGUACUCAAGUGAUUCAGUGCUUAGGCAUGCUUCUAGUGAUUUCAAGAAGAUGGGCCAACGACUAUUUGUAUUCAUUGUCGGUGGCGCAACCCGAUCAGAGCUAAGGGCUUGCCACAAGCUUACUAGAAAACUGAAUAGGGAAAUUAUUCUAGGUUCAUCGAGUCUUGAUGAUCCUGCACAAUUUAUCACGAAAUUGAAGAUGCUAACAACACAUGAACUUACAUUAGAUGAUAUCCAGAUAUGAUGUUACAAUAGUCGAAGAUGAGCUUCUGCUUAUGUGUAAAAUAUUUGUUGUAAUUAUAUAGAUAAAUCAUCCCGUUGUUGCAGUUAAUUUGGAUAUUCAACUCUUUGUGGCUGGUUCCACCCAGUUACUUGAUGACAUAUUCUGCAACUAGGAAAUCUUCAUCGAUUACUAACCAGAAUAAUUUAUUUAGUUUUCCAUGAAUUAACAUACACGCUUGGAUCCAAAAAUUGAAAUAGUGAAGCUAAUACUUUGUUGCUA